ACAUAGCCAUAUAGACAGCAUGGAAAUGAGUCAGUACCGAGCCGAAUGUAAAAGUAUUUUUCGAUUUUGUUUUUAGAAAUUUAUGAGCGACAUGCAAAGUGUAUUUUUAAAACAUAUUUCAUACUCCACAAAAAGCGAAGGAAGAAUAUUCCACAUAUGUAUUUGGGUCGGAUCGAAUAUGUAUAAUAAGUUUUUUGAAAGUUUUAGGGGCAGAUAAUAUAAAAUAAUGAAACGGCAGGUAGAGUUCUUCAUACAAAUAUCGAAUGUAGGACCUCGUACUAGUUGAAUAAACAUAUGUACAUAUAUAUAUUAUAUUUGGUGGAUUCUUUAUAUACCUUGCCAGCAGCAUACCUACUGAAUCUAAAAAACAUUUCAUAUGCGUUUAAUAUAGCCGCCGCUGUGUUCUAAAUUUAAAGCAAAAGCUAUUUAGUUGCGAAGAAGUUCAACACAAGCGAACGGAACGGAACGUUCGCUCUACUCUGCAGUUCUCUAUGUAUACGAGAGUAUCUAGAAUUUAGAAUUUACUAUGUAGAUUCAGAUACACAGUCGCUCACAGGGCCUGCGUCCUGGGCACUAACUAUACGGAUCCACGGGCGCAGAACGCAUACGCCGUGUGGUACGCGUACACGGACCGACAAGUCCGUCAACAUAUCUCACAGAUACGCCAGAUACACAGAUCUGAUGCGAUCGUAUCUGUAUCUGUAAAGAAACUUUUUCUUUUCUUUAAUUUUUUGCCGUGCUCGUCAGCACGUCCAUAUCCACGUUGUGUUGGUGUUUUCAUCUCAUGAAAUGUUUCAAUUUGUCUAUUUUUAGUAGCAAGUUUCUUUUUGUUUAUUAGUUCUUCUUUUUUUUUUUUUUUUCUUUCUUGACUUUCCCAGCAUGUACAUAACGUUGUAUAUAGCUUUGGAUAUAUAGCAGUGGGUCGGUUUGGGUUGGGAUCUUUUGGCUGCUCUGAUUUAACGUCACAACUGAGGAAUGUCUUCUACUCGAUCUAGCUGGAUCCGCCACGCAUUGUUUGUUUGUGCCCCGAAAGCUUCGACCAUAUAUCCCGAUGUGUUUAUAUAGUUUCCAUAUACAUAGCUCGCUAAUGGCUAGGUGUUUGCAUAGAUUUCGCUUUGGCUGUCUAUAAGGUCAAACUAUGCCCGUGCGAGAGGUGCUUUGAUGAUAGGCUAAGGUAUCGCAAAUGGGUCUUUAUGUAAGGCAUUUGUAUAAUGGGAAUUGUUUUUGAAAGGCAUAAUAUCUGGAAAACCCUUUAUAUAAGGCAUUCAUUUGGAAUGGGAUUUGUUUUUGAAGGCACAUUUUUUAUAUUUUACCAUACUAUCUGCCAAAACCCUUAUCUUUAAUUAAUUAAUUAUGGGUAAUGUUACGCCUAGAUUAGCGAUACUAAGCGUUUUGUAAACAACAGGGAUAAACACGGCCACACACAUAUGUCCUGCUAUAAAAUACCCAUCGAUGGGUUGCAUGGGUUAGAGCUUUAUCGCCACCACGGCACGUAAAUCAAUAUUAGUCUUAUCUUGACCAACUGUGAGAAUUUGCACAAGCCGCACACAGGCCAAAGAUAUUGGCCCCUGAGCCAUGACAGAAAUGGGUAUCCAUAUCCAGCCAGCUCACUCGAGUUUCACUUUCCGCACGCCAUGGGUUACUGGUCGGAGACUCGGGCCUGGAUCUUCCGUGAUCCCGCCAAGCUCAUCCGCUAUUUGGUACUCUUCGCCUGCUGCAUCGUGGUUAUUGUCCAGUUGUACGAGUGCUUCGCCAAGCUCUACGAUCCGCCCAUUUCCACGCAUUCCUACUACAGCCUAAACGAAACCAUUGAAAUGCCUGCAGUCACCAUAUGUCGGGAGCCACCCUAUAAGGAGGAGGUGCUAACGCGCCUUUCCGGCGGUGCCUGUCCGCAUCCAAAGUAUGCCACCUGCUGGAUGAACUAUCCUUUUGGGGAAAUAUCUCUGGAAGAGUUCUUCGAAAAUAGCACGCACGAUAUGGGCGACACUUUUGUAUUUUACGGACUGAACGAAAAUCCAAAUAACGUGGUAAUGAACACCAGUCUACAUUUUUAUAUGGGUCGCUGCUAUACCCUUAGGCCCAAGGAACCCGCCAAGAGAGUAUCGAGAGCGGUGGGCUACUCCCUAAUGCUGGAACAUUCCAUGUUGACCACAUCCACCAGCGAUGUGGAUACAGGUGGUGUGGGUUGGCAUGUCUUUAUACACGACAACAAGGAGAAUUUUACAGAAAUCAAUAUGAAGGGUUCGGGGCGUGUGGAAUAUGUUUUUGUAAGCGUAAAUGAGGAAAUUGAGAUCAAGCUUCAAACGCAGUACUUCUCCAAUGUCCAGACUCGACAAGAGGCUUGUUCCAAUGAUGAGGAUUACAGUGACUUAAAGUGUGGUGAGCAGUGCAUCUGGCAGGAUUUGGCUGAUAAUAUGCAGUGCUCGGGACCUUGGAUGCAUGAAAUUGCGAGUGAGCCCUGCAACGACUCGGUUUCCAUGAGAAAAUUAAUAUCGGACUAUAAGGAUGUUUAUGAAAAUGAGGAUGACUUUGACUGCGACUGUAUUCAGCCCUGCCAAUCGAGAAUCUACACAACCUUCAUACAGAACCGCAAGACCUUCAACCAACCAGAGCCCCGCACCCAAAUCUAUAUAUACUACACAACCAAACUGAUAUCGAUGAUUGAAGAGCGUCCCAGCUAUGACACCACACAAUUCAUAGCAGAUGUGGGUGGUUCCCUGGGAUUUCUGCUGGGCCUGUCUGUCCUGGGGUUGAUUGGAAUACUAGAACACAUGACCCUCUUUUUCUGCGGCGGAUUCAUUAAGAAGAUGCAGCAGAAGGAGCAGGCCAAGUUGGCCGCGAACUCCGAGGAUGGUCAGUCCCAAACCAGCGAUGAAACCAUCGAUAUAGCCAUUGUCUAUAAAAAGAAGGAAAAACAGGAGAAAAAGCAAACUAAAUAUUGAGUCAAGAACCAAGCUGGCUUGGUUUAGCACUUCUUACAUUUAAUCAACAUCACGAAAAAAGUUACGGUUUCUUAGCCUACAACUUAACAUAAUACAGAUGCACUCAAAUAAAAAUAUUUCGUACGUUUAAGAAAAUCGAAACAGAACUUUUCCUUUAA